AUGCUUCCCUGGUCGGUGGGGGUCUGCGACCAGGCGAUCGGCGGCCGCUGCCUUUCCUCCCGUUCGGGCCGUUGGGGCUCCCCCUGCCGCAGCUGUUAGCUCCUCGGGCGAGCUAUGACUUCAAAGCACCAGGCGGACUGGAUCCCUUACAGUGUUUUAGAUGAUGAGAGCAGCAAUCUGCGGCAACAAAAACUUGACAGACAGAGAGCAUUGCUAGAGCAGAAGCAGAAGAAGAAACGUCAGGAACCACUGAUGGUUCAGUCCAAUGUGGAUGGCCGCACAAGGGCGCGCAGAAUGAAACAAUCCGAAGAGCAAGCACCUUUGGUUGAAUCUUACCUCAACAGCAACAGCAGCACCAUUUAUCAUGCAGUGCAGGAGGCCGAUCAAGAAGACGUAAAGGUGGUAACCGACCCUCAAGCUCCAAAAUCAACUAAAAAAACCAAGGCAGCCACAGGAGGCUGCCAAACUGGCAACACCAGAAAGGAGAAAAAGGGAAAAAACAAAGGCAUUGAUGGUCCAGCUGCUUUUCAAGAUGAUGUACAGGAUGUAGAGAGCCGAGUUCAAAUUCUUACUGUUGGAGAAGCUUGCCAAAAUGAGGAUGAUGGUGAGAUGGUAUCUCCUAGUCAACAGGAAGGCACGCAGGACCUUAGAGUAACAAUGCAGAAGAAAGGUAUUUCAAGCAGCAUGAAUUUUGAUGAAGAGGAGGAUGAAGAUGAUGAAGACAGUUCAAGCUCCUCACAGUUAAACAGUAAUACCCGACCAGGUUCUGCGACAAGCAAGAAAUCAAGUAAGGAGACAGCCUCAGGACCCAGCCCUUCAACAAACACCCCCGUAAUAGAUGUUGAUGACCUGGAGGAGUUUGCUGUGAGACCUGCUCCUCAGGGUGUUACUGUCAAAUGCCGGAUCUCAAGAGACAAGAAGGGAAUGGACCGUGGAAUGUACCCCACUUACUACCUCCACUUAGAAAGGGAGGAUAGUAAAAAGGUAUUUUUGUUAGCUGGAAGGAAGCGAAAGAAGAGCAAAACCUCAAAUUACCUCAUCUCCAUUGACCCAACAGACCUGUCACGAGGAGGCGAGAGUUUCAUUGGAAAACUAAGAUCAAAUCUUAUGGGGACUAAGUUUACAGUUUAUGAUAACGGAGUAAACCCAAUGAAAACAACACUGAGUUUGGAGGCAAGUAACCUGCGUCAGGAACUGGCUGCUAUUUGCUACGAAACAAAUGUCUUGGGGUUUAGAGGCCCUCGUAAAAUGAGCGUCAUCAUACCAGGGAUGAAUAUGGACCACGAGAGAGUGUCAAUCAGACCACGUAACGAACACGAAACACUCCUCUCUAGGUGGCAGAAUAAAAACACAGAGAGUAUUAUUGAGCUGCACAACAAAACUCCAGUCUGGAAUGAUGACACCCAGUCCUACGUUUUAAAUUUCCACGGUCGUGUAACACAGGCUUCAGUGAAAAACUUUCAAAUUAUUCAUGAUAAUGAUCCUGACUAUAUAGUGAUGCAGUUUGGCCGUGUGGCUGAGGAUAUUUUCACAAUGGACUACAACUACCCAAUGUGUGCACUGCAAGCUUUUGCUAUUGCCCUGUCUAGUUUUGACAGCAAGCUGGCUUGUGAGUGAACCUCAGCACAGCCAAAACCAUGUGCCACCGGAAGAAGACAACAAAAUUCCACAUUUUCGUUGGUAUCAACAGUGGUUUCAUACUCCUUUGGGGGCAGGUAAAAUUUGUUUUUCAAAGGAGCCUUUCACUGGAGAGAAAAUACUUUAAAAUUCAGGACUUUCAGGAAAUACUUUUUCCCAUCUCUUCUCUAUUUUUCUGGAAGUGGCGUCAGAGAUGUGUAAAUAGAAGUCCUAUCCUGUCUCCUCAGUUAUGUUAUGGAAAUGUGCCAUGAUGUACUGUACCGUGGCUUAAGUGAAGCACCCUCAGGAGUGGUGUGUCUUUUUUCUAAAUCCAUGAAAGCUGUUGCAACACAGAUCUGUUUUUGGACUGAAGAAGUGUUCAGAGGCUGUAAGCGUUUCUCAAGAUGGCAUUCCAUAGCUUGUGAGCUUCAUGUCACUCACCUUAGAACCAAGGCCAUGAGAAAGAUGCACUUUUGAAACAUAAACAAGAUAUGAUGAAGGUCGUGCUUGGUCUCAAUGCCAAGAAUGAACUUGAUUUGAGAUAUUGUUUAUCAGUUUUUAGUUCUGGUAGGGAAUAGGUGGGGGAGAAACAGGAAGCACAAGUUGUUGUUGCACAAGUCACUUGUAUUCCAAGAAGUCAUUUUACAAAUUGUGCUUUAAGUUCAAUUUCACUUUCAAAUGUGACCAUUAUUGCUUUUAAAAAGGAAAAUAUGGAUUCUGCAGAAUUGCCAUAUGGAUGCUAGAAAUGCCAUUGCAUUGCAAUAGUAGGUCAAACUGGGGGGCUUUCCUGUGUCAAAGCUUGAGCGAGAGGGCGGGAGCGAGCAUGUGCGUUGCCCGUAUGUUCUCUCAGGGUCAGUCUGUGGCAUGUUCAGGUAAAGAUUCUGAAGCAGCAGGACUGGGAAUGAGGAUUCUUUACCUGUGACCAUGAGGAGGCAGACACAGGGCUGCUCACAUGACAAAACAGUCCGCCACGCAUUAUUUCACUCACAGUGAGCCUGUGGCUGCCAUUUGGCAAAUCAGACCCAACUGAGGGGUGGUUGUGUUGUACGAACCCAUUAAACAACACUCACAGAGGCUGGUCUGAUUUAGGGAAACAGAUUUAACAGUUGCAUAAUUUCAUUCUCUGGGUUCACAACACAGGAACCUCUGAAUGGGGUUGGAUAUACAACCGUUUGCCCAUGCAGUUGUCACGUUAUCCAAACCGGGCCACAGCCUGGGCUGGAUGGAUUGAAGUCUGACUCAGAGACUGAGUUUGGAUCCACAUGCUGUGGCUCCUUGUGGGUUACUUAAUCGAUGAUGAGCUGCAGAGCCGACGGAUGCCAAUUACAUAUGCAGCCCUCAUCUGUCGUGACUUGCAAAACUGGCCAGUGUGGGCUAUGCCUAGGUUAAACACCCCUUGCAAAACACAAAAGCAGACUAAGCUCACUGGGAUCUCACAGCACAACCACCCCUGCCUGGGAGGAGCUGCUGCACACACCUUGCGCCUGCUGCCUCCUCUCCAGGCAUCAAAUGCGCCAUGGUGGGUUGUCAGGUCAUGCAAACAACCCCAGAAUAAGAAAGCUUCCUCUCUUCUGGUACAUUUGCAUCAGUGGCAUGAAAUUAUUUGGAUAACUUCAUGUGACUAACUCUUUAAAGUAGCUGCUUAGAAGUUACUGGAACUAUUAUAAAAUACAAUUAGGAAGUUUAUUUCACCCUUUUGAGCAUAACUUCUGAGAAUUCUCAUUUUCCAUACAAUGAAGUAAGAGUUGGGUAUGUGAAAGUGCCACAUCUGAGACAGAGCCAGACUUUCUGCCCAAAUACAUUGCAAGUGACAUGUAAAGGGAACUUGUGAAGGGCAUAUGAAUGUUCUUGCUUUAACAUAUAUGUACUAUAUAGUUCAAAAUAUUUCCCAGUAGAAGCUCUUAUAUAUCCCAGUCCCCUGUUUGUUCCUUUUCUAGCAUAAAAUACUCUUGAUUGACUUUGAUUCAUUUCUGAAAUGGAAAUUGACCAUUUACUUCUGAUUUGGAGACUGGCGUGCAGCAAGGCGUUGCAUGCAGCUGGCAGUACAUGGAAGUGCGCAAGGCACUGCAGUGAAAGAUGCUGUGGGAGAGCACACAGGUCUGGAUGCAUUCAGCUGACAGAGAACCCUUUCCUCUAAGCUGUCCAAGGGUUACAGGGAUCACUCUGGGAGGCCUGCAGGCAUGGGAAUGCCUACGGAUACACCUCCAGGCCUGUGGCGCUCCACUCUGGUGCUUAAACCAGAGUAGGGAUAUGGAUGGUUGAUAUUUUGCAUCUGCCCUUUCAUGUAUUCAAGCUGGCAUCCCUGCUGUGGUAUGAAAAGACCUCUUUGUUCUCUAAGCAACUCCGAAAUGGCCCCUUCUCUCUAAGUCAAAAGCUGUUAGCUGUUAUAAUUAGGUGUUCUAUGAUUAUGUGUACCAUGACAAAGGGAACCGCACUUUCUUUCACCAUUCUCCUUGCUCUUUAAAAAAAACUGCUACUCCUCCUCAUGGAGGUGUUUUUUACAAGCAGAAGUGAAACAGGAAGGUCUUGAUGUUGUCUAAAUAACCUGUAAACAACCAUGUGUAGAGGAAGAUGAAC